AUGGAUCCUAUGCCAUACUAUAUAUCGUCGAACGUUGACCUGGAGGAAUACGGUCGCUCUCGACUCUUUCAUCCCUAUAUCGACGAUACGUACAGGCAGAUCUUCCGAGAAAACUCAAAGGAGCUCGUCGUCCUUAAUGAAGAAAAAGGGAUCAGACAACUCCAGUUUAUUCCUGCUGGCAGAAGCAACUCCGUGCUUCAAAGAAAUACAAUGAUAGUUAAUAUUGAUGGUGCUUGCCGUAACAAUGGCGGCCAAAAUCCCCACGGUGCUUACGGCGUGUACUUCGGUCCAAAUUCCCCUUAUAAUGCGUCAGGUUUAAUCACAAGCGAUGUGGCACAAACUAGCAAUCGAGCGGAAAUCGAGGCCCUUAUCAAGGCGUUGGAUAUAAUUCAGAUAAUAGUUAAUAAAGACAUGAGCCUUUCCAACUUGAUAGUCCUCACUGACUCUGAGUACUUGGUCAAAGCUAUAACAGAAUGGAUAUAUAUUUGGGAAGGGAGGGAGGGCAUGACCUCCAAAGGGACGCCGGCCGUGCACUUCCAUCUGCUCAAGCGGGUCCGGGACAGGCUUAACUGGAUGGAGUAUAGUGAUGAUGGCGGUAUCCAGUGCCGGUUUUGGUUGAUCGACCGUAGCCAAAAUGUCGAGGCGGAUAAGCUUGCUCAUCUAGCUUUGGAUCAAGCGACUAUAUCAUAA